UUCCGCACCGCCCUCCCGGAGCUCAUUUGCAUGGGGACGCGCGCGGCGCCGGCGAGCGGAGGGAGGGCGGGCGCGGCUGGGGAGGCGGCGCGCGCACGCGCGCGCCCUGACAGCUCGGCCCUGCUCACUCGCUCGUCCUCAGCUUCCGAGCACAGCAUGGCGGUCAAGGUGCAGACAACCAAGCGAGGUGAUCCUCAUGAGUUAAGAAACAUAUUCCUACAGUAUGCCAGUACUGAGGUUGAUGGAGAACAUUACAUGACCCCGGAAGACUUUGUCCAGCGCUAUCUUGGACUGUAUAAUGAUCCAAACAGCAAUCCAAAGAUUGUGCAGCUCUUGGCAGGAGUAGCUGAUCAAACCAAGGAUGGGUUGAUCUCCUAUCAAGAGUUUUUGGCAUUUGAAUCUGUUUUGUGUGCUCCAGAUUCCAUGUUUAUAGUGGCUUUCCAAUUGUUUGACAAGAGUGGGAAUGGAGAGGUGACAUUUGAAAAUGUCAAAGAAAUUUUGGACAGGACUACUAUUCAUCAUCAUAUCCCUUUUAAUUGGGACUGUGGAAUUAUUCGGCUGCAUUUUGGGCAUAACCGGAAGAAGCAUCUUAACUACACAGAAUUCACACAGUUUCUCCAGGAGUUGCAGUUGGAACAUGCAAGACAAGCCUUUGCACUGAAAGAUAAAACCAAAAGUGGCAUGAUUUCUGGGCUGGAUUUCAGUGACAUCAUGGUUACCAUUCGGUCUCACAUGCUUACUCCUUUUGUGGAGGAGAACUUAGUUUCAGCAGCUGGAGGAAGUAUCUCGCACCAGGUUAGCUUCUCCUACUUCAAUGCAUUUAACUCCUUGCUGAAUAACAUGGAGCUUGUUCGUAAAAUAUAUAGCACUCUAGCUGGCACGAGGAAAGAUGUUGAAGUCACCAAGGAGGAAUUUGCCCAGAAUGCCAUACGCUUUGGACAAGUCACCCCACUAGAAAUUGAUAUCCUCUACCAGCUUGCAGACUUAUAUACUGCUACAGGGCGCUUGACUUUGGCAGAUAUUGAGAGAAUAGCCCCAUUGGCUGAGGGUGCUUUACCUUAUAACCUGGCAGAACUUCAGAGACAGCAAUCUCAUGGGUUAGGCAGGCCUGUCUGGCUCCAAAUUGCCGAGUCUGCUUACAGAUUCACUCUGGGCUCAGUUGCUGGAGCUGUGGGAGCCACUGCUGUGUAUCCUAUAGAUCUGGUGAAGACCCGCAUGCAAAAUCAGCGUGGCAGUGGCUCUGUUGUGGGGGAGCUGAUGUACAAAAACAGCUUUGACUGUUUUAAGAAAGUCUUGCGUUACGAGGGCUUCUUUGGACUCUACCGGGGUCUGAUACCACAACUUAUAGGGGUUGCUCCAGAAAAGGCCAUUAAACUGACUGUUAAUGAUUUUGUCCGGGACAAAUUUACCCGCAGAGAUGGCUCUAUUCCACUUUUAGCAGAAAUCCUUGCUGGUGGUUGUGCUGGAGGCUCUCAGGUCAUCUUCACCAACCCCCUGGAGAUAGUGAAGAUUCGCCUGCAGGUAGCGGGAGAGAUCACCACGGGACCCAGAGUCAGUGCCCUGAACGUGCUCCGGGACCUGGGACUGUUUGGUCUGUAUAAGGGUGCCAAAGCGUGUUUCCUCCGAGACAUUCCCUUCUCUGCAAUCUAUUUUCCUGUUUAUGCUCAUUGCAAACUACUACUGGCUGAUGAAAACGGACAUGUGGGAGGUUUAAAUCUCCUUGCAGCUGGAGCCAUGGCAGGUGUGCCUGCUGCUUCUCUGGUGACCCCUGCCGAUGUCAUCAAGACAAGACUGCAAGUGGCCGCCCGUGCAGGCCAGACGACAUACAGCGGUGUUAUCGACUGCUUCAGGAAGAUCCUCCGGGAAGAGGGGCCCUCUGCAUUUUGGAAAGGGACUGCAGCCCGAGUGUUUCGAUCUUCUCCCCAGUUUGGUGUAACCUUGGUCACCUAUGAACUUCUUCAGCGGUGGUUUUAUAUUGAUUUCGGAGGACUCAAACCCUCUGGCUCAGAACCAACACCUAAGUCCCGCAUUGCAGACCUUCCUCCUGCCAGUCCCGAUCACAUCGGUGGAUACAGACUCGCCACAGCCACUUUUGCUGGCAUAGAAAACAAGUUUGGCCUUUAUCUUCCCAAAUUUAAGUCUCCUCCUGUUGCUGUGGUUCAGUCAAAGGCAGCGGCGGCAGCAGCUCAGUGAGGAGAUGACUGUGGAGCGCAGCACGGUGCGCCCUGAAGAGAGGUGGACGAGAGCAGCCCUGUAAUGUAUCCAGUCAGCUGCAUGGUUCUGGCUGAGCUGAGGAGUCAAACUAUUCUUUCUAUAUGACUUAUACAUAUAUUUGUUUAUAAAGUAAUCAUUUGCCUGGGGUGGGGUGGGGGGGAGCAACGGAGUUUCAAGCUUUAGUCUUAUGUGUUGAAAUGUUUUCCUAAGCCUUGGCAUGAAUUAGUGUUCUAGACUCUGCUUUGCACAGCUUACACUUACAGUGACUGUACAUAUUGUACAUCUUUGUACAGAAACAUCUUAGCACCUCACCCCGACAAAUCACAUUUAUAGAAAUGUAAUGCAGUUAUGAGUGGCUUGAAAUGUACAGAAUGUUUUGAAAGUGUUUAUUAAGAAUCACACGAAAAUAAAUGUAUUAAAAUUAAA